ACGAUUCAGCGCGCAAUUCGACCGACAGCCGGACGGAUUGAGUGAGAUUUUGCAUGUUAGAAUACAGGAAAUCAACACCAAAUCAAAUAAAAGACGCAAUUAACAGCGAAUUAGAGCCAAUUUGUCGUGCUCAAAAGCUGCAAUACCUAUAGUGAAUGUGCUUCGGGAAAAUCUCAAGAUUUACUUAAUUAUCGUUUGUCAUUUCUGUAUAUUCAGGAUUUGCUAAAUUUUUCCUGGAUUAUCUGACUUACAUCAAAAUGCAGAACUUCCAAAUAGACUCAUUCUCAUUGGUUCCGUAUGGAAAAUUACACGGAAACUAAUAAAAGUGGUAAUCAUUGAUAAAGUGCCAGCAGAAAUUGCCCUCGUUCGAUAUUGCUCGAUUACAAUAGCUGUGCACUUGAGGCGAGCAGCAUUGAAGGCCGAAUCAUUGCCUCGCCGGACUCUCAAGUGUUGUGACUUAUCAUCGUGCACGAGCACAGCGCGUUUUUCACAGCAGUUUCGUGAGUGUGAAGAUGAGCAAGACUCCCGUGAAGAUUGGCAUCAUCGGCGGUUCGGGUCUCGAUGACCCGGACUUGCUGGAGAAGCGCGAGGAGAAGUUCGUCACGACGCCCUUCGGUGAGCCAUCGGACGCACUGAUUGAGGGCCAGAUCCGCGGUGUGAGCUGCGUGCUCCUGGCGCGCCACGGCCGGAAGCACAGCAUCAAUCCCACGAACGUCAACUACCGCGCCAACGUGUGGGCCAUGAAGAUGCUGGGCUGCACGCAUCUGGUGGUGACAUCGGCCACGGGGUCGCUACGUGAGGAAGUGAAGCGCGGCGACAUCGUCAUCCUGGACGGCUUCAUCGAUCGCACGACGAAGCGCCAGCUGAGCUUCUUCGACGGCCAAGAGGGCCAUCCGGCCGGCGUCUGCCAUGUGCCCAUGCAUCCGGCCUUCUGCGAGCGCACGCGCCAGGUGCUGAUCGACAGCGCCCGGGAGCUUGGCGUGCCCGUGCACGAGCGCGGCACCGUUGUGACCAUCGAGGGUCCGCGUUUCUCCACGCGCGCCGAGAGCGAGAUGUUCCGCUCCUGGGGCGCCCACCUCGUCGGCAUGACGCAGGUGCCCGAGGCGCCGCUGGCCAAGGAGGCCGGCCUGCUCUACGCCACCGUCGCCAUGGUAACGGACUACGAUUGCUGGAAGGAUAGCGAGUGCGUGUCCACCGGAGACGUGCUCAAGACCUUCCAGGCGAACGUGUGGAAGGUGAAGAAUAUCCUCGUGGACGCCGUGACGAAGAUCGCCGAGCAGGACUGGACAGAAAUCGUCCGCGCGGCCAAAGAUCUCGUCUCAUCCAACAUCAUGUAAGCUCGAGAGUGUCUCUUAUCAGACAGCGAUAAGAACUGGAGAGGCUGACGAGCGCGACAACUUCCAUAGUCAGAUGGGCCAUAAAAACAGUAAAUCUUGCUGGAUAAGCUUCUCAGGGCUGAUUAAGCUUUCUAUCUUUACAAAAUAAACUGUCUCGAGAUAAUAAUAUCGACUUUGGCAAAUGCUGAGACAUCUAAAAGACAUCAAUAAAUCCUAUAAAUCGAAA